AUGCUCCUGCCGUUUACACCAAAGCCAUUUCCCUUUCCUACGUCACAUUCUCUUUUCCUUGCAUCAAAAAGAAUUUCCGACAAGACAUCAGGACCGUCCAUCAGCAUACCUAACAUCAUCAUCAGAUCCAACACCGGUACUCCGAGAUACACUGGAUCAAACCCAAAGCAACUCAACUCAACUCAACUCCCUCUGUCUCCUGGUACGUUCGAAUCUCUGAACCAAUCGUCGGAUGCUGGGUCUAGACCCGAGGACCCGGUUUCAACUCUGUUUCAGAUGUUCCCUGCUUUGGAUCCUGAGUUAAUGACAUUCAGUCUCAGAAAUCACAACAAUAAGAUUGAAGAUCCUAGGGAGAGUUGGACUGCACUUUCCUCCGAUCUUGAAGAAAGAAAUAAACCACAUAGCUUUGAUUCUGAGAGAAUUGGAAAUUGUUCUGAUCUUCCUAUGGAGGGUACUUCUACAUGUAGUCAAAUCUCAGAGCACAACAUUGAAGAUGUAAAUAAUAUCAAACAGAAGUUUGGUAAUGGAACUGCGAUUGAUAGUCCCAAGUGGGUAGAUUUGUUUGUGCAGGAGAUGAUGAGUGCAAAAAAUAUUGACGAUGUAAGGGGGCGUGCUGCUAGGAUUUUAGAAGCCUUUGAGGGAAGUAUAACUAAUAAUAAAAGGGCUGCUGAAGAGGUAAUCUAAAACUUUUAAGUUUUCA